GUCGUGGAGAAGGCCUGCGAAGAGUGCGGAAUCAAUUUCGAUGACCUCAAACUGCCACUAGAGCUCACACUAUGGGUCGAUCCCAACGAAGUCACCUGUAGAUUUGGUGAACACAAGGGCUCGUAUUGUAUUGUCGCCAAACUGAGGGACGGAAGGAAAGAGAAUUACAUCGAUUCCAUCAAUUGUGAAGAACUCGAACAGAAGACUAUCGAAAGGAAUAGACAGGCGUCGUUUGAUUUGCUGAACUCGCGGAAGAAACGUCAGGAGCGCCGGAAGAAUGGCUACAAUAGUUACAACGGCAACGGUUUCGCCGACUACACAAUGGGUCCGUCAUGUUCUCCAUCCCAGUCCACAUUCUAUCCAUUUUACGGUUCGGGCACUCCGUUCGCCACACAGUACGGCACGAGUCCGCCCAACGCCGGCAACGGGUUUGUGAAGUACCCGAUUUCGCCGCCGCAGUCGCGCGCUGUGGGCGGCAGCGGCGGCGCCAACGGCUCGUACCGGGCGUUGAACAACAAAAACAACAAUUACUCGAACCAAACGAUCAAUUCAAAGACCAAUAAUAACUUCUCGCGACAGCUGUUCGCCGGCUCUAACGCUGGCUUUCAGUCGCCGUUCGCCUAUCAGCCCAACGAUCGCUACCAUUGGGUCAACAAAGCUAUUGUCAAAGCAUAAAGUAAUGUAAUAUAACAUUAUGUGUGUGUUUUUGGUCUUCAAAAACUCCCGUUUACGACGACAAUAACAUUACGACUAAAAGUAUAUAUGAUUUAUACAGAAACCAAACAAAAUACACAAACAUUUAUAUGAUUUCUCCUCAUUUCUACGAUUUUCGAUACGAAAAGACUUGUAUUUAAUUAUAAAAAAAAACAUAAAACAAAUCUAUUUCUAAACCACAAUACAAACAGUAAUACUCUCUCCUCUAAUGCCCAACAGUUUUUACGAUUGAAUUGCAAUUAAUUUAAAUGUUUAUAAUUAUCUCAUUAUUAUUUCCCUUUCGGACCGGUA